UUCUUCUUCCGAUCUCCAUCAACCCUCAAUCUCUGUCUGUCGCUUUCUCUCUCUCUCUAACACACACAUUUCUCGCCGGGGAACUCAAAAAAACCCCGGAAUCCGCCAUGGAAGAUGAAUAGAAUCAUACAGUCGCCGGCGUCCAAGUUCCGCCCCUUUCGGCGAUACCUUGACGGCUCGUCCACCGAUAAGACUACCGGCGUGGCGACCGCCACGGACGAACACCCUAAUUACAUCCUCCUCCGUUACCAAAUCCUCGACCCUGACAGCGACAUUGUCGCGCAAUGGAAUCGCUUGUUUCUAGUGACAUGCCUGAUUGCGCUAUUCAUCGAUCCGAUGUAUUUCUACACGUCGUCUGUCGGGGGACCUGCCUGCCUGACAUCGGAGGUGAAUCUGGGAAUAGUGAUCACGUUCUUCAGAACGGUGAUGGAUCUGUUCUUCUUGCUGCACAUGGUGCUCAAAUUUCGAACCGCGUAUGUGGCUCCGAGCUCUAGGGUUUUCGGAAGGGGAGAGCUGGUUAUGGAUGCCAGAGCCAUUGCAAAGCGCUAUUUGAAAUCUGAUUUUGUGAUUGAUCUCGCCGCCACUCUCCCCCUCCCACAAAUAGUGAUGUGGUUGGUGAUUCCAGCAACAAGACAUUCAAGGGUGGAUCAUGCCAACAACACAAUCGCUCUCCUUGUUCUUCUCCAAUACGUUCCAAGGCUGUUCCUCAUCUUCCCUCUCAACCAACGCAUCAUCAAAACCACUGGCGUUGUUGCCAAAACUGCCUGGGCUGGUGCUGCCUACAAUCUCAUCCUCUACAUGCUUGCCAGUCAUGUGUUGGGAUCUACAUGGUAUUUGUUGUCCAUAGGGAGACAGUUCGCAUGCUGGAAAUCAGAGUGUGCAAAGGAAAAUGCGUCCAAAGUUCUAACAUGUCUUCCCAUCUUCUUGGAUUGCAACAGUUUGAAUGACACUGACAGACAAUAUUGGCUGAAUGUCACUCAUGUUACUUCCAAAUGCGAUCCAAGGAAUGAAAACAUUAGGUUCAAGUUUGGAAUGUUCUCUGAUGCUUUCACCAGUGAUGUUGCCUCCUCCCAUUUCAUUGCUAAGUACUUUUAUUGUCUUUGGUGGGGCCUCAGAAAUUUAAGUUCUUACGGGCAAACUUUGGACACAACAACUUACCUUGGCGAGACAUUAUUUUGCAUAUCAACGUGCAUAGUUGGGUUGAUCUUAUUUUCACAACUCAUUGGCAAUAUGCAGACAUAUUUGCAGUCAAUGACAGUAAGACUCGAAGAAUGGAGGAUAAAGAGAAGGGACACUGAAGAAUGGAUGCGACGUCGUCAAUUACCACCAGAUUUGCAAGAACGAGUUCGACGAUUCGUUCAAUAUAAAUGGCAGGCCACGAGAGGAGUUAACGAAGAAUCUAUAUUGCGUUCAUUGCCCAUUGACCUUCGCCGUGAGAUUCAACAACAUUUGUGUUUGUCGCUCGUUCGUCGUGUUCCUUUCUUCUCACAAAUGGACGAUCAACUUCUCGAUGCCAUAUGCGAGCGCCUCGUCUCGUCCUUGUGUACCCAAGGAACGUAUAUCGUACGAGAGGAUGACCCAGUUAACGAAAUGUUGUUUAUUAUAAGAGGACAACUAGAGAGCUCGACAACAAAUGGCGGUCGUUCUGGCUUUUUCAACUCAAUCACAUUAAAACCAGGUGAUUUUUGUGGUGAAGAACUAUUGACAUGGGCUUUGAUGCCAAGUUCCAGUUUGAAUAUGCCUUCUUCUACUCGAACCGUCCGAGCACGUACAGAAGUUGAAGCCUUCGCCCUUCGAGCUGAGGAUCUCAAGUUCGUCGCUGGACAAUUCAAACGCCUGCAUAGCAAGAAACUACAACAUGCGUUUAGAUACUAUUCCCAUCAAUGGAGGACCUGGGGUGCUUGCUUAAUUCAAGUAGCUUGGAGGAGGCUUAAGAAGAGAAAAUUGGCAAAGAAAUCAGUAUUCAGAAACAGCUUAAGCUAUGGAGAUUCUAUACAAGAAGAUAUUGAAUACGACGUCGAGCUAGCAGAAGAAAACUACGACGACAACGACGACGACAGUGAUGAGGACAUGUCUACUGCAGACUACAUGAACAAAACUCAGCAUCUAGGUGCUACACUUUUGGCUUCAAAGUUUGCUGCCAAUACUAGAAAAGGAGUUCAUCUAAAAGCCCAAAAAUCCAAAGCUUCUAGUUUGAAAAUGCCAAAGUUGUUUAAACCAGAUGAACCUGAUUUUUCUAUGGAUGGAUGAAAUGUUUACUUCUUCCCUUAAACUAAACUCAAAGAAAAAUCUUAACAAAAUAGUUAGAAAACAUAAUUAACACAAGUCCAUGUAAAGAUCCUUGUAGAUUACCAGUGCUAAUUACAUUACGCAGAUCCCAUUUG